AUGAGGGCCAUAUUUGCAGGCGAGGCGGCGUGGGCACUGGGUCGUCCCACUCAGGGAACCAGGUCUCAAGAGGCCUCGGGACUCGUGCCUCCAGGCAGUGGGGGCAGUGACAAGACUAGAGGGUGGAAGGAAGCGCACACUUCACCUCUGUGGCUUUUGUCUGCUAAAAGAAAGGGAAGAGUUAACUCAGAGGGAGACUGCUUCACAGACCCUCACAGAGACCGCUUCACGGCCCCUCACAGAGACUGCUUCACAGCCCCUCACAGAGACCGCUUCACGGCCCCUUUCAGGGUCUAA